GCCAGAGUCGACAUCGAGAAGAGAGCGUGUGUUUCGCGGUUUGGCCCGUACGCGGAUCAUCUCGCAGGAUCGCGCCUGUUGCCGUUCUGCUGGCGAUCGUCGUGAAAUCAAUUUCGCGGUACUUUUUAAGUCUACUGAAAAAUAUUCAUAGUGUUUUCUUCCUUUUCUCGUCGGCGACCAUGCUGGUGGCAAACUUUGCUACAAACGGAUCGGGCGGUGUUCGGUUGGCUUAAUUUCAGUGUUUGGAUUGUUAGCCAGGAACCGGUGCAUCGGCGGACAUUACUUGUUUAUUUUGCAGUGACACACGCUUAGUUCGUCUUAGUUUCCAUUUUACUUCAUGUGAAAAAUCAGUGCGCUUUUUUCUUUAAUUGGUUGCUCACCGAAGGAAGGACGGUUGCAGUUGCUCUAGUCAAUAGUUGGCUAGUGGAUCAGUACCAAGCAAGCCCAAAAUAGACAUUACAAUUGAUCACAAACGCGGCACGAGAGGUGCUGCGGCGAGAAACGGUGUGCGAAACCGUGUGUGGAAAAUUGCCAAACAAUUUUAGCAAUCAAUUGUAAUCUAAGAUUGAGCGGAUCGAAACCGAGGAAAGUUCUUUUGGGUGACAAAAGGCACGAUCGCAUUGCGACAACAAGUUAAUCGAUUUCCCGCUGGCGUUAGUUCCGCAGCGCGUCUAAAGUGGAGGAAGCGAUUGGAUAAGUGAAUCGGCCAGGAAAGGAAAAGUGAUUGAAAGUUGUGAUUUUGAUUUGCUUGCCCGUUUCCUACGCCCAUUGGAGAAUCCACACCAAAUUAGCUAUUCAUCAUGGAGGCAAAAGCGAUUGCUAAGGCAGAACUGAGCAAAGACCAGCUGAAAGUACUGAAAGACGCCUUCGAUGCAUUCGACAAGGACAAGACGGGCAGCAUUCCAACGGAUGUGGUCGGCACCAUUCUGGAGCUGCUCGGGCACCAACUGAACGAGGAAGAGCUGGAGGAUGUGAUCGAUGAGUACGAUGAGGACGAGUCCGGCCAGCUGGAGUUCAACGAAUUCGUGCAGCUGGCAUCGAACUAUGUGGAACCGGAGGAAGACUACGAUGCACUGCGGAAAGAGCUUCGAGAGGUCUUCAUGAUGUAUGACAAAGAAGCUAAAGGCUUCAUUCCAGUAGACGCAUUCAAACAAAUUCUCCGGGAAUUAGACGGCGCGGUGCCCGAAGAAGAACUGGACGAUAUUGUGGAUGAGAUCGAUGCUGACGGCUCAGGAACGGUAGAUUUUGAAGAAUUCAUGGAAGUCAUGACAGGUGAAUAGCCUAUAGUAUUUGUUAUCUGCUUCUUGCCGAGCUUUUGCGCCUGCUAACGUUGUUGGCGACCGUCGAGUAGUUUUUGAAAUCCUGAAAUGUGGUAAUUAGAUACACUCGGCAGAAAAAAAUAUUUUUGAGCUAGUCGUCGUCAUUGUCAGUAGUGCUCUGUAGAUGUUCUGCGUUACCACAUUAUAGGUGUUGACGAAAUUAUGUAUACUUCAACAAUCAUCCAUUAACAACAUUAGCGCUAACUUCCAAGCAUCACAAAGCCAUUUACAAUUGAGUCUACGCCAUAUGAUUCUAAAGGGAUAAAGAAAAUCACUGUUUGAAACACUACAUCAACCAUUUCCAUUAUCCUAGCUUAUUAUUCAUGAAGCGCUGUCAUAUGCUAAACAUGUCCUGGAGCUGCUCUGGGACGAUAUGUCCCGGUCUAGUUAGUUUUCUGCUUUUUGCGACCGUGCUUUUGCCCUGUGCUGUAGUCCAGAUUGUGACGCUUCACUAAACAUAAGUAGUGGUUUGUCCCUUUGUUGCUUUUUACAGAUUCAAAUGCCUCGCUUUUGUAGUUUUGUUAUUUAGUACAAACUAAUCGCUUCUAUGCUUCGGUUUAAUUUGACAGCUAUAUCUUUUCUUGGUUUAAAAGAUUCUAGCACUUUCUCUUCACCAUCUUUUGUAAUCUUUACGGUUUAUAGGUUAGACAAGGUCUAAUGGUCUGCAAUUGCGUUACGUUAAGCAAAAAAGCAAUCGUGAUUGUUAUACAAUGAUAGGGUGCAUCAGCGGAUUAACAGAAAUUACGUUCUCAAAGUUUCUGGGGAAAAAACACACCAUUCGAUAUCACAAUUUUUUUUUAAUUUAACAUCGUAAUAAAGAUAAGCUUGUUACAAGUUUGCUAUACUUUUACUUCUUCAUUUCACAAACUCCACAAUUGUGCCGUCCUGUGAGCUUCUGUAUUGUGCCGUCAUGAGAUGAUUCAUGAUUUGAGCAACGACGAUUUCACUGCUGCUUCUACUGCUUGUUCUUUUUUCUGGGCACUUUUGCUUAAGGGCAAUUAAUAAUCGAUGAUCGAAAUAAAGACUGCAAGCGAAAAUAAAUUGA